CAGCUUCCCUUGCACCCGCUCAUCUGCUUCUCGCACCCCGAAUCCACUAUCCACUGACCGCCCGCCUGCGCGCAACGCCUCGUCCCAGCGCCAGCUUACCCCACUUCUACACCUCCUCUACACCGACCCCCAGCCCACUGCAAUGGCUUCCACCAACGCCGAGGGCGUCAAGCUCAUCAACAUCACCACGUCGGAUGGCGUCAACAUGCAGGUCGAGCGCCCUGUGGCCGAGCGCUCCAUCCUCAUCAAGAACUUGCUCGAGGACCUCGGUGGUGAAUCCGACGAGUCCAUCCCCAUCCCCAACGUCAACGAGGCCGUCAUGAAGAAGGUGCUCGAGUGGUGCACCCACCACAAGAACGACCCGCCCGCCACGCAGGACGAUGACUCGGACUCGCGUAAGAAGUCGACCGACAUUGACGAGUGGGACCAGAAGUUCAUGCAGGUCGACCAGGAGAUGCUCUUUGAGAUUAUCCUCGCGGCCAACUACCUCGACAUCAAGGCGCUCCUCGACGUGGGCUGCAAGACUGUGGCCAACAUGAUCAAGGGCAAGUCGCCCGACGAGAUCCGCAAGACCUUCAACAUCCAGAACGACUUCACGCCCGAGGAGGAGGAGCAAAUCCGCCGCGAGAACGAGUGGGCCGAGGACCGCUAAGAACAAAGACUCUUUCCUGCAUUCUCCUUAUGUCUCGCAUACGGUUUCGCCGGUAGUCACGGUGGGCUGGCUAGUGGGGGGUAUGCGUGUGCAUGGACGGCUUCUAUCUCCGGCGUAGCGGAGUUUUCACGGUUAUGGUGCUUGUUUUCGCGUAUGCGCUUGGAUGGUGCAAGUGCUGCCCUCUGGGAGCAACGGACCAGUGGCUGCUAUUCGAUUAUGAAAAGGACACGGGUUUACAGUGUGGUGCAUUCGACAGCCUUUUGUUGCUUGCGGCCCAUUGUAUGUAGCUCAAUAAAAGGAACAAAAUUUGCCAUGCUUUCUGAUUGCUUUUGGCAUGUGACGAGCGUGUCAAACGGGGG